GCGGGCUUGUGGCCUCUGCCGGCUGGCGGCUGGCGGGACAGUGGUGGCUCAUCUCUAGGUCUGGAGACCCAGCUUCCUUCUUUCCCAUCGGUACCCGCCCCUGAUGCCUGCCAGACUUUUGCCCAUACCAGGGCCCCCGCCUGACCAGCCUCCCACUCCAGACUGAUUGGGGAGUCGGGGGUUGAACUGUCUGGGGGCCCGGUCCCAAUGCACUGUCGGGCCUUUCGGGGCCUGGCAGGAGCCCUCUUUACCCUCCUGUGCGUGGGACUCCUGUCUCUACGAUACCACUCAAGUUUGUCCCUGCGGAUGGCACAGGACACGCUCAGGUUGAACCAACAGAUCCUGCAGCUUGACGACAUCUUCAUCGCAGUGAAGACAACCAGGGCCUUCCACCGCUCUCGCCUGGACCUGCUACUUGACACGUGGGUCUCCAGGACCAGGCAACAGACAUUCGUCUUCACUGACAGCCCAGAUGAAAACCUCCAGGAGAGACUGGGCUCCCACCUUGUGGUCACCAACUGCUCUGCAGAGCACAGCCACCCUGCUCUGUCCUGCAAGAUGGCUGCAGAAUUUGACGCCUUCUUGGCCAGCGGACUCAGGUGGUUCUGCCACGUGGAUGACGACAACUACGUGAAUCCCAGGGCACUGCUACAGCUGUUGAAAACAUUCCCACGGGACCGUGACGUCUACGUGGGCAAGCCCAGCCUGAACCGGCCCAUUCACGCCUCUGAACUGCAAUCAAAAAACCGCACGAGGCUGGUACGGUUCUGGUUUGCCACAGGGGGUGCUGGCUUCUGCAUCAGCCGCCAACUGGCUUUGAAGAUGGUCCCAUGGGCCAGCGGCUCCCACUUCGUGGACACUUCGGCUCUCAUCCGCCUGCCUGACGACUGCACUGUGGGCUACAUCAUUGAGUGCAAGCUGGGAGCCCACCUGCAGCCCAGCCCCCUUUUCCACUCCCAUUUGGAGACCCUGCAGCUGCUGGGGGCCGCCCAGCUUCUGGAGCAGGUCACCCUCAGCUACGGGGUCUUUGAGGGGAAGCUGAACGUCAUCAAGCUACAGGGCCCCUUCUCCCAUGAAGAGGACCCCUCCAGGUUUCGCUCCCUCCAUUGUCUCCUCUAUCCUGACACACCCUGGUGUCCCCUGCUGGUGGCACUCUGAACUGCAGCAGGGGUCAAUGGAGGCUUCUGCUGGACCCCUCCCCCAUCUCCUAAGCAGUCCUGAGGGCUCCUGGUUGAGUGUCCACUGACAGAUGGUCCCUGGUAGGGCCUCUGGGUGACAGGAAAGGCCCAGGGACCUAGUCACUCCACAGAGGCUGCGGGGGCACUUGAGUUGUGUGUGUGUGUGUGUGUGUGUGUGUGUGUGUAUGGGGGAGUGUUCAGGGUCCUAACUCUCCUGAGAGUGACAUGUGCCCUGCCUGGGAACUGGCCUCAGUCAUUCCUUGAGGACCAGGGAGGGCCAUUAGGACAAAACCAGGGUCUGUGCCCUGCAGCUAUGGGACUGGUCUCAGCUGCUCCUAGAUCCCCUUGCCUGGCCAAGGAACCUGGACUUUGGAAGCUCAUCAGGCUCAGAAGGACCGUGGUGAGUCCCUGUCAAUUGUGACUGACUUGGUUCAUUGUCCCAGCCUUCUUGGCUGCGAGGAGCUACCGUGUGACUCAGCGGGAACUGAGGAAAGCCAGCCGAGGUUUCUGGAGUAAGUUUCACAGCCCAAGAUCCUUUCUCCCUACUGUGAAAGUGGGUGUUGAUGACUGGCUCUUGGGAAGCUACUUUUCUACCAUGAGGGAAAGGCCAAGACAAUCAUCCAAAGCUGUUCUUUCUGACAUCCAAUCUGUGAGACAUUAAACCUUUAUUUAAGUCUCUCUCUGUCCCGUUUCCUGCCAUGGGCAGCUGGUACUCCUGGCUGGACAAGGUCUCUGAUCAGUGGUGAUGACCACAUUUGGUGAUAGGAUGUGGUGUGUGGCUCAGAGUCUGGUGCAGGGAGCGGGAGGCUUGAUGACUGAGGACUUUGAGGGCGUGUGUGUGUGUGUGUGUGUUACGGUAUAGACUAUGCACGUAUGAUGCGUAUGUGGGGAUGUAUCUGUGGCUGUAGGGUGCUCAUAGCUGGGCCGAGUGGCUGUGGAUGACAGCUGGCCCUUAGGCUGGACAACUGAGGCUGGACAUACUUGGUAGAGGGAAGCUCAGUUGUAGAAUUGCCUCCAUCAGACUGGCCGUGGGCAUGUCUUUAGGGCACUUCCCAGAUGGCUACUUGAUUCAGGAGGGCCUUGCUUACUGUGGGCAGGGCCAUCCCUGGGCAGGUGGCAUAUGAGGAAGGUAGCUGAACAAGCCAGAGGAAGCAAACCUGUAAACAUGUCCUCCAUGGCCUCUGCUUUAGUCCUGCCUCAAGUUCCUGUGCCCACUGCCCUCAUGGAGUGUGAUGUGGGACUGGAAGCAGAAACAGGCCCUCUCUUGUUCAAGUUGCUUUGAUUUUGGGAUUGAUCACAACAGAAAGCAAACCUGGACAGACAGUGCUAGAAGGGGCCUGGGUCUCUCCAGCCAGCCCCGACCCUGUCAGGAGCCAGCAGGGGGCCAAGUGAGCCUGUGCCCCUCCCACCCACACCACACCUCCCAUGAGCCAGUCCAGUGGAUGACCCAGGCAGAAUUUAAGAAGCGAGUAAUGGACAGUGUUGCCCUGUUGUGGACACAGAGGCCACUAGCUACACAGACCUGAGCAGAGACCUUCGGGAGGACCCUGUUGGCCAGGUUUUCAUUUUGUCUCAUGUAGCGCAGCCUGCUGCAAGCUCACUGUGGAGCUGAGGAUGGACCUGGACAUUCUAUCCUCCUGUUGUUGCUGGGGUAUAGGCUCAGCCACCAUGUCCAGCUGACAUGAAACUGGUGUGCACAUGGCAGUGUCAAAUCCAGGGCUUGGUGCACACUAGGCCAGCGCUACCAGCCAAGCCCUGCUCCCAGCUCUGCCCCCAGUUCUAAGCAUUUAACAUGAGCCAGGUCACUACAUGCUCACCUGUUUGAAGCAGGGACCAUUAUUGUUCCUAUUUCUUAGAUUGGGAAACUGAGGCACGGGGCAUGGCUCAGGCCUGUUUGUGAGGUAGCUGGCCUGUGUCAGUUGUCUCUGCGUGGGAUGAUUUUGGAGGGUGGGGGAACCUCUGCAGGCCUGGGCUUCAUCCUCUUGCCUUUUGUGGCCUUGCUCUGUGCAUUGGCCAAGUGGCUCCCCCAGGCGAGAUGGGUACGAUGAUAUCCCUAGCAUAUAUGUGUGUGUGUGUG